AUGUCGACCAACAACUGGAUAUGGAGCGACCAAUAUCAGGACUAUUACUAUGUUACAUAUGACGAGUAUAACAACCCGGUUUACCACUGGCUCAAACAAACCGAAAUGCGUCCUAGGCAAGAUUCGGGAUCACAGCAGAGCCAUGCCUCAAACAUGGCACAGAUGCCUGACCCAGCUCCACCGCAAUUCCGUUCGUUGACAGGCGCUAUCCAAGGCACGCCGCAAACCGGAUGGUACGACCUUCUAGACUCGAGCUACAGGAUGAGAACUGGCUCUGAGGCCGAAAGUUUCUUCGUGCUCGGCAGAGUUUUUGCCAUGCUGUAUUCCGAGACUGCAGGUGAGACUUCACAUCCGCAUGCCUCCGACCAAGCGUAUACCGUCGUGCGCUUCAACGAAAAGGUACAUACCAAUAUCCGGCGAUUCGUGGUGCUUCAAAACAACCAUGGUUUUGUGUACGCUUGCCCCAUUGGCACGUAUGCUGGUCGCGGAACCCUCAAGAAAGGCUGCUUCCCCUGGGAACAUGCAAUCGUUUACCUUUCUGGAACGGAUCCGGCAACAUGCUAUCUUCCUGGAGAGUACGAAGGCGGUAUGGUUAAGCAUCCCAUAGAGAUCAUACCCGUUGAUGCCUCAAUAAGACUUCGGCCUGAAUCCCGGAUCCGUUUUGGGAAGAUGUACCCCAUCGAAAAGAACGUUAAAGUCAAAGACAUCGGCCAGGUUCACCCGAGCCAUCUAAGCAAGCUUCUCAAGUAUUGGAAUGAACGCGACCAGCCCUCGGCAGCACAGUAUGCGUAUCCUGCUGAGAAUGCCAGCGUCCCACAACUCUCUUCGCUUUAUUGA